AUGUCAGAUGACAGUCUGUUGACUUCAGGGGCUGUGGAAGCUGUUAAAUCCCAAAAUGAGCAAGCCAAAUGGCAGGCUACAGAAUCAUCUUGCUUAUACUUUGUUCCUCAGUAUGACUUUGAGUAUAAUCUUGGUGAGACGAUGAGGAUCGCCUCUUCAGAGUUUGCUGAUGACCCGUGCUCCUCAGUGAAAUGUGGCACUAUGGUGCGAGCAGCAAGGGCUUUGUUAUCAGCGGUUACACGCCUACUCAUCCUGGCAGAUAUGGCGGAUGUCAUGAGACUUUUAUCUCAUCUGAAAAUUGUGGAAGAGGCUCUGGAAGCUGUCAAAAAUGCUACAAAUGAGCAAGACCUUGCAAAUCGCUUUAAAGAAUUUGGAAAGGAAAUGGUGAAACUUAACUAUGUAGCAGCAAGAAGGCAACAGGAGCUGAAAGACCCUCACUGUCGGGAUGAGAUGGCAGCUGCCCGAGGGGCUCUCAAGAAAAAUGCGACAAUGCUGUACACGGCCUCUCAAGCAUUUCUCCGCCACCCAGAUGUGGCUGCCACAAGAGCCAACCGAGAUUAUGUGUUCAAACAAGUCCAGGAGGCCAUUGCUGGUAUUUCCAAUGCUGCUCAAGCUACCUCGCCCACUGAUGAAGCCAAAGGCCACACAGGCAUCGGCGAGCUGGCUGCGGCUCUGAAUGAGUUUGACAAUAAGAUAAUCUUGGACCCCAUGACGUUCAGCGAGGCCAGGUUCAGGCCGUCCCUGGAGGAGAGGCUGGAGAGUAUCAUCAGUGGCGCUGCGCUCAUGGCCGACUCAUCCUGCACUCGCGACGACCGGCGGGAGAGGAUAGUGGCGGAGUGUAACGCGGUCAGGCAGGCGCUGCAGGACCUGCUCAGCGAGUACAUGAAUAAUGUAAGUCUUGGGCGCUCUGUGCUUGUGUCUCGGCGGAUUCCGCUUCGCGCUCUUCAUGGUAUACCAGGGUUCAUUACUGAUCAGGAGACCUUGGAUAAAACUGACCCUGCAUGUUUUUCAGAGUAUGAUCUGAGGACAGGAGCUAAUCCACAAACUAUUUAUUACCAGUCCACACAAGAAGAUACAGUGACUGUCAGCAUUCAGAAACUUAAGCAAUUUCACUUUGCAACAGUAAUUUAA